UUGAAACUACUCUCGAGGUCACCAUGAAAGCAAUCAUUAGCGCAGGGCCUGUCGGAUAUCGCUUCGUCGAGGAUUUCGACAUUCCUACUCCGCGACCGAGAUCCAUCCUGGUCCGGGUACAUGCCGUCGCCCUGAAUCCGAGAGACGGAAAGAUGGUUGACAUCGGCACUGCUACUGGAUCUUUAGCAGGGUGCGACUCUUCUGGCACCGUCGUAACCGUAGGCGAAGGCGUGACACGAUUUAAGGAGGGCGAUCGUAUCCUCGCCGUGACCUUUGGCUCAAAUACCUCGGACAAAACGAAAGGCGCCUUCAGCGAGUUCGCUUUUGCAGACGAAGACUUCAGCUGCCACGUUCCCGAACGCUUGACCUUCGUGCAAGCUUGCUCGAUUGGACUUUCGGUGGCCACAGCAGGUCUGGGACUUUUCCAGGCGCCUGGGUUGAUGCUGUCGAUGGAGCACGGGUCGGGGGAAACAGUGCUUAUCUCAGGUGGUGCCACGGCCACAGGAACCAUGGCAACGCAAUUGUUGAAAGUAGCCGGCUAUCAUGUCAUAGUCACCUGCUCUCCUGUCAACAACGACCUGUGCAAGUCUUACGGUGCCUCGGCCUGCUUCGACUACCAUUCUCCUACCUGUGGUGCGGACAUCCGUGUGCACACCAACAACAGCUUGAGAUACGUCCUGGACUGCGUUACCGAUACUCCCACCAUGAAGAUGUGCUAUGAGAGCAUUGGGUCUUCUGGUGGCAGCUAUAUUGCGCUUGAGCCGAUCGCCGUUGAUGUGAAAUACACACGAAGGGAUGUUCGUGCUGGCUGGUUUCUGACAGAUGCCAUUGCGGGAGAUGGAAUCCAGAUGAGUGGCACAUAUGGCCGCCCACCAACGCCUGAGUACAGGCAAUACGGCAAGGAGCUAUUUGCCCUAGUCGAGAGGUGGCUGCAAGAGGGGAGCAUAGUUCUCCAUCCCAUAGAAGUCUUGGACGGCGGCCUGAGAAACUUGCCUGGUGCUAUCGCGGACAUGAAGCUUGGAAAGGUGCAUGCGAAAAAGCUAGUCAUGUCAGUGCUGGCUACGGGUGAUAUAUAACGCCGAGUUUCAUGAAUUACAUGAACAAAUCAGAC